AUGGUUUUAAUCGGAAUUAUACCGUUUUUUACCUUUGCGCUGGGGACUUGGCAAUUGAAGCGACUCAAGUGGAAAGUCAAUCUCAUAGAUGAGUUGGAGGAGAAGCUGCAGCUGCAGCCCAUUUCAUUGCCCAGGAAAAUAAACCUCUCCGUGAUACCAGAUUUUGUUUUUCGGAAGGUUGUUCUCAGAGGCACAUGGGACCACUCUCAUACGAUAAUUCUGACUCCUCGUGUUCGAGAAGGUAUUCAUGGAGUUCACAUCGUCACCCCUCUAGUCCGUCAGAAUGGCACUACUAUCCUUGUUGAUCGUGGCUUUGUUUCAAAAGAGAAUGCCUCAUCACCGGCGCUUCAGCAGGAGUUGGGCGAAGUGGAGGUGUUGGGGAUGCUUCGAACGUCACAGUCCCGCAAUCUCUUCACGCCUGAUAAUAAACCCGAAGAUGGGAAGUGGUAUUGGACUGAUGUCGAUGCAAUGGCAGACUAUGUUGGAGGAGAGCAGAAUGAUGUUCAGCCCGUCUUCGUAGAACAAAUUUUUGAAGCUGAGACUAGGCUGAAGAAAGGUAUCCCCAUUGGCCGCCCCGCCACAGUUGAUUUGAGAAAUGCUCAUCUAUCAUAUGUUAUUACCUGGUGA